GUGAACUUGAGGUAGCAGCAUGCGGCAGUGUGUUGAAAGAAGGCGAGGUUGGACGACGUACGCGUGGAGUGACCGAUUCCGCGAAUCGCGAAGAAUCGGCAAACAGCAAAUCCGUCGAGUUAUUAUCGGUUCGAACCAUGUCGAUGUGUUCUACCUGCUCCAUUGUCAAUUUGUCGUAUGUCGCUGAUGCGCCAACAACUACCUUGCAACGUCUUAAAGCUCUCACUACCGGGACCUUGCCGACUUUCAUCGAUGCUGGAAGUAAUUUCGCAGGAUCGGCUAUCAUUGAGGAUAACUUAAUCUAUCAACUUUUCGGUCAAAACAAGAAGAUUGCUUUUAUGGGCGAUGAUACGUGGCUUUCCCUUUUUCCGGAUCAGUUUGAUCCCACCAUGACAAACCCUUUUCCUUCUUUUAACGUUUGGGAUCUGAACACCGUCGACGACGGUAUACUACGUUUAUUGGGUCCGACAUUAAGAGGUGGUAAUGGUGUGGAAGACCUUGGCUCAGGAUCACAUUGGGAUGUGCUCAUCGCUCAUUUCUUGGGGGUUGAUCACUGUGGACAUCGUUACGGACCGGAUCAUCCAGCAAUGGCCGAAAAAUUAAGACAAAUGAAUAAGAUGAUAGGUGAUGUUAUUAGAGAUGUCGACGAGGACACGGUAGUUCUAAUAAUGGGUGAUCAUGGAAUGGACUCAAAGGGGGAUCAUGGUGGCGAUAGUGAUAACGAGGUCGAGUCUGCUCUCUUUGUUUAUAGCAAGAAAAAUCUGACACACGAUUCAAGUGCAUCAAGUAUUCUUUCGCAGAUUCACAAGAAGCUGGACGAAAUUGACGGGCACGGAGUGAAAUCCUUUACUUCAAAGUAUGGCAAUUGGCGAAGCAUUCCCCAAAUUGAUUUUGUACCAACUUUGUCUCUCUUGCUGGGGAUUCCCAUUCCUUUUAAUAAUUUGGGCUCUUUGAUACCUGAGAUGUUUCUUCAUAAUUCCGAAACCAACAAUGAAGAUGAUAGCGUAGAGAAACAGUUGACGGGAUUGUUGGACGUUAUGCGACUUAAUGCAAUGCAAGUUUUUCGAUACACAAUGGAAUAUUCGAAACAGCGACCUUCUGAUUUGUCAAAAGAGAACCUGCACGAAAUCAGAGAUAUGUUCAACAAGGCCGAGGAAGACUAUAAGCUGUUGAAAAGUUUAUCAGACCGACCAAUCACUGAGGAUUUUGUGAAUUCAAUAGUGCUUUACAUGAGUUUCCUAAGGAAUACAUUGUUUAUAUGCCGACGAAUAUGGGCUCAAUUUGAUGUGGCAUUGAUGAUCUCUGGUAUUUCUGUCUUGAUUGCGAGUUGCUUCUGUGUCGUUUUGCACCUUGUACGGAACACAAAAGAGCAAACAUUUUUUACCAACUACGCGGCUGUUAGGCAUGCUUUGGUUGGAGGAAGUUUCGGUGCAGUUCUGGCGAGAAUGGGUUCGGCUAAUUUUAUGAUAAGUCCGUUGUUGAGAGAUUCGAAUUUUUCAACGCUGGAUUUUAUUAUUAUUGGAGCCUCAUUCGGAUCAAUAAUUGGUUACUUGAUUGAAUUUGUGAGAUCUGGAGCUUUCCCAAAAAUACCAAAAAAUUUUCCUCUUGUCUCGUUCGACACCCUCUUGUCUUUGCUCUUUCUCAUCCUUCACUCCUUGCUGUUCGCGUCAAAUAGUUUUACGGUUUUUGAAGAUCGAAUCACUCUAGUGUUAAUACAGACGUUUGGAGCAUAUACCUUUUUUAGGGCGUUUAGGAUAAAGAAUAGACAGUUAUUUUUAAGAACAAUCUUCUUGUCCUUGGGAUUCUUGAUUGCUACCAGGAUUGCAUCUUAUUCGACCAUAUGUCGAGAAGAGCAAAUGCCUUAUUGUACCCCCACCUUUUACAUAUCAUCCUCAUCAACUCUAUCAUCACCCUUUACCCUAGUAGUGUUGGUAGCUAUGUCAGCGCUCAUGCCAUUCUUCAUUCGUCGUGUUUUGCAAAUUUCAAAAAGCUAUCACGGCAUCGCGCCAUUCUGGAUUGAUAUCGGAUUAAGAUCGGG